AUGGAGAUUCGAGUCGUUCCUGCACUCGUUUUGAUAAUUACUUUAUCAGUAAAUAAUGUUUGGUUCGGCGUUUGUUACACAGCAUUCGUGUUUGGAGACUCUUUGGUCGAUGCUGGUAACAAUAAUUACUUAUUUACCUUGUCAAAGGCAGACUCUCCUCCUUAUGGCAUCGACUUUAGUCCCUCCGGUGGCCAACCUACCGGAAGAUUCACUAAUGGUCGUACUAUAGCAGAUAUAGUCGGUGAAGCUCUAGGAGGCAAGUCAUUUCCUCCACCGUACUUAGCCCCUAAUAUUGCAGCUGCCACCGCCUUUCGUACUGGAAUCAAUUAUGCUUCAGGAGCAUCAGGGAUCUUGGACCAGACAGGAUCCCUCUUUAUAGGAAGAGUGCCACUGAGGCAGCAAAUUAACAAUUUCGAGCAAACCAGAUCAUAUAUGGUGAACAUGGUUGGAGAAAACACGACUAAUAUUAUCUUAAAAAACGCGAUCUUUUCCUUAACAAUUGGAUCGAAUGAUGUUUUGAAUUACUUCCAACCUUCUAUUCCACCAUUCAGUGACAAGGUUUCUCCAACAGAGUUCCAAGAUUUCAUGAUUUCCAAUUUGACUAUGCAGCUUAAGGAAUUGCAUAGGUUAGGGGCACGGAAAUUUGUUGUUGUUAACAUUGGACCUCUCGGAUGCAUACCCUUUAUUCGUGCCAUCAGCCUUAAUAUUCUAGGUGGAAAAUGCUCGGCUAAGGUAAAUUCUCUAGUACGAGAGUACAAUAAGAAACUGAUGGAGGAGCUCGAUCAGAUGAACAACAAUGUGGGACGUAAUGCGAUGUUUGUGUAUGCCAAUUCCUAUGAUGUUUUCAGAGAAAUCAUCCUCAAUUUUCCGAAAUAUGGAUUUGUGAACAAUGAUGGUCCGUGUUGUGGAGGAUAUUUUCCACCAUUUCUUUGUUUCAAGGGGGAAAACGCUAAUACGAAUUCAUCAGCACUUUGUGAUGAUCGAUCAAAGUACGUGUUUUGGGACGCAUACCAUCCCACAGAAGCAGCUAAUCUCAUCAUUGCUGAUAAAUUAUUAAAUGGCGAUAAAAGUGUGUGCUAUCCUAUGAAUAUCCAUCAGCUAUACAAUUAUAUGAUUUGA